AUGGAUACCAAGUCACAGUGCUGUAUCACGAGCUAUAAGCUCUACUCUGUGACUGUGAGGCUUCAUAAGAAGUUCAAGGACCACGUGCUGAAGAAAGGCUUCAAGGCCUGUCAUGUGGGCUCCAACAACUACAUGCACUGGAGAACCGACUUCUUCACCUCCUUGCCGGCCAUUCUCAUGAAGGAGGCCUUGCAGGACGAAUGGAAGAAGGCGGUGGGCCGAAUACCUCCAGACAUGUCCAACGUCUUCAUCCGCUUCAAGGUGAACUCGAAUGUCAACUACGUAGUCGUGGAACACGCGUAUGCGUCUUUCGCAGAGAGCAGAAAGGAUGAUGCAAGCUUCAAAAAGGCGAUGACAUGGUGGCUCGAACUCCGACCUGCUAUCAAGCAAGCGGUUCUUGAGAACUACGUGAAGGUCUCCAGAGGGCAUGACAAUUCGAAAGACAAGUUCGGAAACCCCAAGAUCAAGGAGAUGGUCAAGGGCCAUCCAUGUACUUGGAGGUCCCUCAUGGCGCCCGAGUGCGUGCAGGACAUAAAGUCGGCCGGGUCGCUCAGCGACGCGGCUUUGGAGGUCUUGACCGUGGACGAGGUGAUGAGCCUGGCCCUGACGGAGAUCACUGGCAAGCUGCUUCGAAUCUAUGCCUUCAGUGCGUUCGAUGCCGGCGUCACGCCCAACCCAGCUCAAUGCAGAGGCUACGUGUCCGGCUCUUCCUCGAAUCCACCAUUGGACUUCUACCAGUUUCCGCGUCUUCUGGGCGAUGUGUCCGUUUUGAAGAAGGAGGUCGUGGGAAAUCCCAUGUACGACACCUCUGCAGUGCUCAUGGCAUUGUGCGCUCUCUCAGCGACGAAACCGCAAGUGGAUAUCAUGUUGGGAAAAAUCGCCGAAGGCUCGAUCCUGUCCUCAUCGGAGCGAGACGAAGUGCUCGUUCGGGCUUUCCGUGGAGAGGACGGGCCCUCAAAGGUACAAACGGGGUCUGAAUAA